GCCGCUGCAGCGAAAGUCACACAGACUCACCAACAGGCAGUGUAGUCGAUCACCGAGAGUCGCCAGAGUCAGCGGCAGCUGGGACGACCCGACAGUUACACAAACCUGUUCGAAGGCUCAAGUCGCAUAUUAACCAGUUCGCUCGGACAACGCUGUGACAUUUGAAUCUUAUGGCUGGGAGUGAGGAUAUCUUUCUCAGGGCUGAACGUCGGACUUUCAGCGGGCUGACUGAAGAUGCAGAGCGGGAGUGGACGGGACCAUUUUGCUUCAUCCAGGCCGCCGACCCCCAGCUCGGGCUGAUGAAAGCCUGGAGGGAGGGCGACUGCGACGGCGGAGGGGACGAGUGGGCCGAGGAGGUCGAGCUCACCAAGAAGGCCGUGGAGGCGGUAAACCAGCUCAGACCCAGGCCCAGGUUCAUGGUGCUGUGUGGCGACCUGGUCCAUGCCAUGCCAGACACCCCAUUCAGAGAAGGUCAGGAGCGAGACCUGAAGGCGGUCUUGAAAGGGACAGAUCCUUCCAUCCCGCUGGUGUUUGUCAGCGGGAACCAUGACCUGGGCAACACCCCCACUCCUAGGACACUGGAGCAGUACUGCAGUGCUUGGGGAAAUGACUAUUUCAGCUUCUGGGUGGGCGGAGUCUUUUGCCUGGUCCUGAACUCCCAGUUGUUCUACGACGCGUCGGCCUGCCCUCAGCUGAAGGAGGCCCAGGAGACAUGGCUGGAGGAGCAGCUGAGCAGGGCUUCCUCCUCAACGGAACCCAAACCCAAACACAUUCUAGUGUUCCAGCACAUUCCUCUGUACCUAAAGAGCCCCGAUGAGGAGGACAACUACUUCAACCUGCAGAGGGAAGUCAGACAAAAUCUGCUGGACAGGUUCAAGAGGGCAGGGGUGAAAGCGGUGUUCUCCGGCCAUUAUCACCGAAACGCCGGCGGUUGCCACGGCGGCCUGGACAUGGUCGUGAGCUCGGCCAUCGGGUGUCAGCUCGGCGAGGACACCCACGGCCUCAGGGUGGUCGUAGUGACCGCUGACGACGUCAUCCACCGCUACCACAGUCUGGAGCAGCUGAGUGCACGCGGCAUGGACGAGGAGCUCAGGAAGCUGCUGCAGGUCUGAAGGCCAAAAGGAGGGAAAAUCCCCAAAAAACUACAACAAUUUGGGUUUUUCAGUGAAUUGUUUUUGUUUCAUAGCGUUUUGAGCCCCUGUUCUUAGAGGCACUCGAGGUUUUUGGAGACCGGCGUUGGUCAACACGUCAACUCAUAAGAAUGUGAGCUAAUAAAUUCAUUCAUAUUGUAUGUUCCUAGUACACCAUUUUCUCCAAUGUGUGAUAAGCUAAAACGUCAUGCUUAGGCUAAUGAUCUUCCAGGGCACAAGUCUCAAAGGUGACCAAUCAUCAAAAGUCUGCAUAUUCAAUAAAGUGGAGAAUAAAUUAUAAUUUAUAUUGAGGCAUGUUGGAUUAGAAAACACAAAAAUAGCAGUGAGUUCACACCAAAAUGCAACUACAAGCCAAAUAAUAAAGCGUACGGAAUUUUAUGAUGCAAUAAAUUGUGUUUAGUCUCUCUCUCUCUCUCUCUCUCUCUCUCUCUCUCUCUCUCUCUCUCUCUCUCUCUCUCUCUCUCUCUCUCUCAGAUCAUUGAAUGUGCACUAAAACUACAUUCAGUUUGUCAGAUGUCUUUAAAUGUACCCAAACCUUUCCAUCGUUAAAGGAAUAUUCCACCCUAAAACACUGAAUUUGUAAACAUUUAAAACAGCUUUCUGGAGGUGGUCUUUGCGUUUUCUGCCUGUUUUCUGCAGAUAACCGUGGUAACGGCACAAACAAAAACUCCUCAUAAAAGAAGAACGAGAAAGGAGUCCUUGCCCAACAGCAGCCGGGAAUGUGGGCGGGGCUUGUUUGCUUAAUUCACUUUAGCAGUGUUUAAAGGCCGUUGAAAAGCAUCAUGGGAGAUGUAGGAAAUCUCUAUGGUUAAGACAAAGUGUGGAUGAGGUAACACAUUUCAGCUUGAUCCCAAAAUGCCUACUGGACUGCACUGAAUGCAGCAGGUAGAUGUGAGAGUAUUAAAGGGUGGAAUCUUUCUUUAAAGAACCUAAACUAGACUAUGCCUCAGUCUAAUAACUUGUGGGCUAUCCUAUGCAAUCUAUUCUUAUUAUCAAAUUGUGUGUAUUUUUUACGUUUAAUGUGGUACGAUGUUUAAGAUGUGGAGCUGACCGCUGACCUGAUCAGACUUACACUGCCCUUACAGGUAGAAGACACUGAGAGGGUGUUUUUACCGUCCAGCCAGCAUACUGUUUUAAAUAGUCUUUUAAUAUAUUUAAGCUUAAAAUAUUAUCCUUAAUCCAUAUCAAUUAUUACAAAAGUAAAUUAUAAUCUUUAAGAAUUCCGUCCUGGUUGAUAAAGAAAAAUGUCACGGGUGACACCUGUGGCAAUAUUUAAAUGUGAUCUACUGUAUUAAGUGUUUCCUGUGACUGCUUCACAAUAAAAGCCACACAGUGUUUUGCCUGUUACACUUUUAAAUGAUACACGUUUAGAUGAAGCGGCAGCAGAAGGAAUGUUCGGUUAGCAUUAGCUGUAACCCUUACUUACAGCUCUGAUAUCAAUCAGAUUAAACAGUAAGGCCGAAAAACAUACUUGUCCCAUGUGAACAAAAUUUAUAUUCAGCGCCAAUAACCAGGAUAAACUAUUAUGUAAAGAUGUUAUUAGACACUGUUUAUGCAUUGAAAGGUGAUUGCAGGACAAAAAUGGGUCCACAAAUAAUAUAAAAAAGGGGUUUUACCUUGUGACAAUGUCUAAAGGUUUGAUUUUUUUGUUGGGAAGCAGAAUGUAUUGGAACCCACUCCAUUACAGAUAAAUAAAAAAUGUCAAGCUACUUUUUUGUCUGUGAAAGUGUAGAUCUAGACUUUUCUUGGUAAAUAUUUCUUCAUUGAACCAGAGACUUAACACUUUAAUCCCAACUAAUCAGUUUAAUCGGUUUGGGACCCUAGCUGUGAACUGUGAAGAAAUGAAAGUGUAAUAGUGUUGGAAAAUGGCAAACUAAAGGACCGGUGUCAGGCUGAAAGGUAGUGAUAGUGAUGUGAUUAAUGGUGGGAGACUGUUAGGCCGUCCCAGUGUACCAGCCUACUCACUGCAGGCUUGGGAAGCUCACGGUCCUCAAAUUGUCUUUAAAAUGGACAUUUCUGCAACUAAAUGACUUUCUGAGAACCCUAAAUGACUCUACUGGAUCUCUCUCACACACACACACACACAGACACACACACACACACACACACACACAGACUCUCACAGUUACUCUGACCAACUGGGAAUUUAAGAGAGUUGUCAUGGCAACCCUUUAGCAACACAUCUGUGUGUGUUGGAGAGAGACUGUGUGUGUUUGUUUGUGUGUGUGUGUGUGUCUCUCUCCUUGGUUUGGAGAGCACUGUAGGUGAUUUCUUCAUCAGCGCUAUGAUCACUGACCUCAUUUCACACUGACGUGUUCUCUCUUUUCCAAAAAGUCAGCAUGUGAUGGAGGAAGGGGGGUGGGGGAGGGGGGGGGGUUGUCUGAGAGGAAUGGAUAAUGAGUGUGAAAGGCGACUCAGUCCAUCUCCUUCAUUUCCUGUCUGAGAAAGAACCUUUUGUCCUUAUCUAUUUUUAUAUCCUCGUUGUAGCCGAGCUCAAUCACAUUGUUCUUUAUCUUGCGUUGUGUGUGAUUUGGUUUUACAGGACAUUUGCUCUACGAAUCGGGGAACAUCACACACUUUGACUUGUUCCUGUGUUAAAUUCUAAUGACACUAUGACUGUGACACGAUUGGUUGUAUUUUUAUAAUAAAUGUUUAAUCUAA